AAAGUAAAUAGCGCGUUGUUAAAAGUGCACAUCUUUGUGAAAACCUGUUUGAUUAACAGAAAAUAUUUGGACAUAAACUUCUAAUCUUCUCUUAAAUGUCUUUCCUGAAUAGUUCUUAAGGUAUACAAGUUUGAGUUUCGCAAUGGUGAAUUUGGGACUACUUCAUUUCACUGGACUGCAUCAGACAUAACUUCACGUGCCCUUGUUUAUAAGCAUGGAGAGAUUGACAUAUAUGUGAUGCCUUGGUCAUUGCUAAAGCCUUUUGAUGAACUAGACUUAGCAACAAGAGAAGCUUUAAUAUUUGGAGCUGAAAAAGGCAGACGUGGUCUUGGUAGAAUAUAUGUUGUGCCUGCAGGUCCAAAUGGUAAUGAGGUGACAAAUAAUAUCUUUACCAUCACUGUCAACGGCAUUGGCAGGGAGGGAAUUGUUCCGGAAAAUACUUUCGCGGAUACAAGUGUACUCGUGUCUGGGCUUUCCGAGGGACAUAAUCUUACAUCUCGCUAUAUGAUUACAACCACUCAGAAGAAUGCAUGCUCAGAUUUGUUUCGUGGUGUGUCAGCUGCUGCAUCUCAGGUUGCAGCAAUCAUUGGUCUAGCUCUCCAGGCAUACCCAAGUUUAACACUUCGAGAUAUUCAACAUCUCAUAGUCCAGUCAUCAGAGUACGACGAACUUGACGAGAAGCAUGCUUUCAUUUGUAAUGGGGCUGGUAGAUAUUAUCACAGAUAUUUUGGAUUUGGACUUUUAAAUGCUACAAAACUUGUUACACUUGCUAAAAAACAGACUAAAACAUUAAAGCUUCUAUCUGUUAAGCUUGAGAAUUCAACAGAGAAAAUUUCAGACGACGGACUUGUAUUCCAAUGCGAAUUUUGCCAAGGCUGUGAUGAUGCAAGUACACAGCCAUGUUUAACUAAAAUUGAACAUGUUGCGGUAUCGUUUGAAUUCGAAACCCAGACGAAAGAACUCAGGAUGUAUCUAACGUCACCAUCUGGAACUGAGUCUGUUUUAAUGAAGGAUACUAAGGAUCUGAAGUCAAAAACUAUUGGUCAGAUAGUCUCCGUGAACUUUUGGGAUGAAAUGGCACUUGGUUUAUGGACUUUCAGACUUUACAGCAUUCCUUCCUUGAAAGAUGAAGAUAAUGUGACUACGAACGUAACAAGUGUAACAUUAACACUUUAUGGAACAAGUGCAACAAUUCCGUCAGAGAAACAAAACCGUUGUGAUUCUAGUAGACCAUUUUCUGAUGACAAUGACAUUUCUGAAACAGACGACUUGGAAGAGCAAUCAGAUGAAAGCCAUCUCGCAACUAUCAUUGAAAGGCUUAAACACUUAGCAAUAAACUUUGUAGUUAUUUCUGGCCUAGUUUGUCUUGCAAAGUGUCUUGCUAGAUUCUAG